UUCCUGUUUUGGUCACUCUCCCCACAACAGCCUUCGUUGCAACAUUUUAUAGAAGGGAAGUGAGGGAGGCGGUUGGAAGGAAGAGAAGUGAAGUGACCAGUGACCAGUGACCAGUGUGCAAAGGUGGGCGCGGUGGCAUCUGAAGUUACAUAAACUCCUAGGGCUGCCCAAGAGAUAAGCGCGUUGGCCUGGAAGCGGGAGGGCUGCACAGGACGGGAGAGACGCGGAGGCCCUUCCCGGCGCCGCUCUCAAGCCUCCGGACCAUGGAGCCUGCUCCAUGCCUGUGGCUGCUGCUGCUGUCGCUGCUGCGCGUCUCGGCGGGCACCUCGCAGUCGCCACCGCCCGAGCCCUGCGAGCUGGACGACGAGGACAUCCGCUGCGCCUGCAACUUCUCGGGCCCGCAGCCGGAUUGGUCCAGCGCCCUGCAGUGCACGGCCGCCGUGGAGGUGGAGAUCCGAGCUGGCGGCCGCAGCCUGGAGCCGCUCCUGAAGCGCGUCGACCCCGAGGCGGACCCGCGGGGGUACGCGGACCUGGUCAGGGGUCUGCGCGUGCGGCGGCUCGCCCUGGGGGCCGCGCGGGUUCCCGCUCCGCUCCUGCUCGGCGCGCUGCGGGUGCUCGCGUACUCCCGCCUCCGGGAGCUGACGCUGGCGGACCUGGAAGUCACCGGCACGCCGCCGCCCCCGCCCCCGCCAGCCUCCGGGCUCGGGAUCUUCACCUUGCGCCUCCGCAACGUGUCGUGGGCGGCCGGCGGUGCCGGGCUCGCCCAGCUGCAGCAGUGGCUCCAGCCGAGCCUCCUCAAGGUACUGAGCAUUGCCCAGGCACAUUCGCUCGCCUUCGCCUGCAAACGGAUCCGCAGUUUCCCAGCCCUCACCACCCUAGACCUGUCUGACAAUCCUGGGCUGGGUGAGCGCGGGCUGGUCGGGGCGCUCUGUCCCCACAAGUUCCCGGCCCUUCAGGAUUUAGCGCUACGCAACGCGGGGAUGGAGACUCCCAGCGGCGUGUGCGCUGCGCUGGCAAAGGCUGGAGUGCCGCCCCACAGCCUGGACCUCAGCCACAACUCGCUGCGCGCUAUCGCAAGCGCCGGCGACCUCCAGUGCGUCUGGCCUGGCGCGCUGAACUCCCUCAAUCUGUCUUUCUCUGGUCUGGAGCAGGUGCCCCAGGGACUGCCCGCCAAGCUCAAUGUGCUGGAUCUCAGCUACAACAGGCUGAAUCGGGCCCCGCGGCUAGACGAGCUGCCCAAGGUGGGGAACCUGUCGCUGGAAGGAAAUCCCUUCCUCCUCCCAGAGGCCCCCCGCCCCCAAGAGAACGCUAUGAAUUCUGAGGCUGGCAUGGCCCCAGCCUGUGCACGUUCACACUUGGCAGUGGGGAUGUCAGGAACACUGGCUGUGCUCCAAGGGGUCCGGGGCUUUGCCUAACCCAAGGGAGAAUGAACGUCCUGAUUUGGGAGCACCAUCAAAUGAUCAGCACUUCUUGAUCAACCAACCCUCUGCCUCACCUUUAUUAAAAUUUUAAAUGAGUCAUGUCAUUCACUCAACA